AUGAAGUCCUUUUCCAGCUCCGUUAUCAAUAAAACCGGCAAGAAGUUUGCGCCAAAGGCGCCUGUCCGUCGUGCGCCCGCUGCCGUGCCCGCCAGACGCCCAAGCGCAGUUCAACAAGCGCAAGUUCAGGCGGCGCAAGCUGAGACCACCCAGCCAGACAAACAAGAUGGGCCAGACAAACGAGAUGAUGUAGCUGAGUCUGCGCCGCCUUCCGAGUCUGCAGAGCGAGCGUCUGCAGUCGCGGUUGCGAAACCGCAAGCAGCCGACGCAGCUCCAACCGAACCACCUGUCGCAAAAAUCGAUACGCCGAUUGAAACAACCAUUGCUACUUCGAUCACGAAACCGAAUGCGGUUGCGAUCCCCAAACCAACUGCCGCCUCAAUCCCCAAACCCAUCGCCCAGCCCAUUCCUCCCCCGAAGCGAAAGGCCUCUGUUCUGGAACCGAGUUCUCAUGAACCAACCGCACCCCUUACCCCUCCUUCCACCCAACCCAGUCAGCCCACCCCAGCCUCAACCAUCUCAGCCAGUGUGACUCAGCCUGGAUCCGCUCGCGAUGAGCCAGAAGAAGCUUUGUUGGAAUACGCCAGGGUUGAAGCGGCGCGAGCCGCAGAGAACCUUGUGGAUUCGACACAACCUCCCCUUUCAUCCGAUCAAGCCCAACCCGAAUCCCAAGACAAUGCUGCACCGACCGAGAUCCGACCAGCAAAGCGCCGAAAGUCGUCUGUAACAAUCGCGAAGCCGGGCCGCAAGAAGUCUGUCUCCACAGUUGUCUCGGCGUCCUCAUCUAGGCGAGGCUCCCAGUCAGUUGUGCCCACCAUCGAAGAUCCAAAUGGCACGCCCGGCGUAUAUGCAACCUCUUCGACCCCAGAACCGUCGCAAGCAAAGACAAAGAAGAGAAAAUACUCCAAGGCCGGUACCUCUGAUCCUGAAGGCAGCGAAAAACCGAAGCGUGUCCGCAAGAAGCGUGAGCCAACGCCAGAAGGUGCCGAAACAGUCGAAAUAUUACCCAAUGUGGUAAAGAUGUCAGAAUUAUGCAAGGAUCUGCGAACCGGAAAGAAAUCGAAGCGCGAGACGGAGCUGCGGAAGAUGGACCAAGCUGAAGAAGAGCGAAAGAAGGCAGGAACCCCUGCACCAGGAACACCCAUUAAGCAAAACGAACCAGACCAGGACAAUGCGGAACGACCUCUAGAUUGGAAGCCCCAAUCCGGUCCAAUUAUGCGAAUUGUCAACGGCGAGAUUGUCCUUGACAAUUCGUCCUUGCAGGUAGAUCGCCACGCUGAUGCCGCCCGAGCCGCUGGCGAUCUGGAAGAUGUGGUGGAAAGCAACCUGACACGGAAGAUCAACCAAGCCACCUACGGAAAGCGUUCGAAGACCGAGACCUGGGACGAAGAAAUGACAGAUUUGUUCUACCGUGGCCUUCGCAUGUUCGGCACCGAUUUCAUGGUGAUCAGCAAGCUGUUCCCCGGCCGGUCUCGCCGCCAAAUCAAGUUGAAGUUCAACAAUGAAGAGCGCCGCGAUCCACAGAGGAUCAAGGAUACCUUGCUCGGACCGCGCGAGCACAUCGAUAUUGCAACGUAUUCGGAGAUGACGAACACCACAUACGAUGACCCCAAGGUUGUGCAGCAAGAACUUGAUGAUGAGAAGAAGCGUAUUGAAGAUCAGCAUGCUAAAGAAAAGCAGCUGCAGGAAGAGAUGCUACAUAAUCCAACCGGCACAGAUGCCAAAGAUGAAAAGACCGACAAGGCCCCUGCCAAAAAGUCGCGCAAGAAGCAUGCGAAGGACGUGGGAGGAGGAACCGAAGAGGUUCUCGGUUCGAUCGAUGAUUUCCCCAUGGCUUGA